AUGAGGGCUGCUGCAGCAAGCCGGCCCAUGCACCACAUCACCAUCCGCACAAGUUCCCACGCCCCCGCUGCCGGAGAGCUAUGCGUCGAUGUGUCGAUGGUGACAGCAGAGCUCCGGCCUGAGGCCUACAGGGAGGCCUCAGCUGUGGAUCUCCCGCCUGAGGUCAACAUGGCGGCCUCAGAGCUGCAGCGUGAGGCCUAUGGAGGGGCCUCAGCUGUGGAGCUCCCACCUGAGGUCAACAUGGCAACCUCAGAGCUACAGCUUGAGGACUACAAGGAGGUCAUGGGGGUGGUGCCCCGUGUUCCAGUGCUGCCGGGGGUGGCAUCCAGUGUCCCAGUGCCGCUGGGGGUGGCGCCCCACAUUCCAGUGCUGCCAGAGGCAGCGUGCUCCACCAGUUUGCUGCCCGGCAGAGGCCGCCUCGUUUUCCAUGGCAGCAAGAGACAGCUUUCCCGGGGGCCCAGGACCCCCGUUGGAAGGCGGUUGUUGGCGCUCCAGGAGAAGCGCCUUUGGAGGGGGGGUUCUGUUACGCCAUGGCCGGCAGAUGGCACUGCGGCGCAGCUUCGGACUAUACACGUGACUUGUUUUGGUUCGUUCACUUCCUUUUUGGACAUUGGCUUGAUCCUGACAGAGGGAGAAAUUUGCCAUAUUCUGGAAAACCCUUCAUAUCCUCUGCUAUCUAAAGAUGGAGAUGUGAUAAUCGGAGCUAUCUUUCCAAUACAUGGUAGUGCACAAAUGCAGUCACUGCCAUAUACUGAAAAACCUCAACCUUUAAUCUGCAUUAGACUUAACCUCAGGGAAUUCCGCCUUGCUCAGACCAUGACAUUUGCAAUCGAUGAAAUCAACAGAAGCAACAGGUUGCUCCCAAAUAUCUCAGUUGGUUAUAGAAUUUAUGACAAUUGUGAAUCAAGAUUGUUAUCUAUGAAAGCAGCCAUGGCUUUGAUGAAUGGUAUGGACAUAACAGCAGAUAAUGCCUGCUCUGGACAAGCAGUAGUACAAGCUAUCAUAGGAGAGACAGAGUCUACUUCCACAAUAACACUCACAAGAACUACAGGACCUUUUAAGAUCCCAGUGGUAAGUCACUCUGCCACAUGUGACUGUUUGAGCAACAGAAAAGUUUACCCCUCUUUUUUCAGGACUACUACAAGUGACUACUACCAGAGUAGAGCAUUGGCAUAUUUGGUCAAGCACUUUGGCUGGUCUUGGGUGGGAACUGUGAACAGUGAUAAUGAUUAUGGCAACAAUGCAAUAUCCAUUUUUUUGAAAGCUGCCAAAGAGGAGGGAAUAUGUGUUGAGUACUCUGAGAGGUUUGACAGAUCAGAUACUGCCAAAAUCAUAAAAGUGGUCGAUAUUAUUAAGAAAAGCACAGCCAAAGUAAUUGUCUUAGUUGUCGCCCAAAUUGACAUGAAAAUUCUAAUUGACCACCUUAUUCUAAAGAAUGUCACUGGCUUCCAGAUUAUUUGUGGUGAAGGAUGGAUUACUGCAGACAAUCUAGUAACACCAGCUAGCUACAACAUAUUGGCUGGAUCCAUAGGUUUUGAUGUGGGAAAACUGAACAUUAAUAGUUUUGCUUACUAUGUUGUAAAUGAAUUUUGGCAAACAAUAUAUCCUUGCUUGCAUACAGAGGGAAACAUUUCUCAAUCUGAAAACAAUUGCAGGAAAUACGAAGAUAUGAUUCAAUUUAAAAACUACAGUGACGAUAUAUCAGAAUUGAGAUAUGCAAAAAACAUAUACAAUGCAGUUUAUGCUGUUGCACAUUCUCUGCACAGCCUGUUGAGAUGCACAGAAAAUCAGAGCUGUGAAAAUUACAAAACAAUACAACCAUGGCAGGUUGUUGAGUUUCUAAAAAAGGUCAAUUUUACCACCAAAUUGGGAGAACAGGUUUGGUUUGAUAGCACUGGGGCAAAGGUGGCAAAAUAUGAUAUGGUGAACUGGCAACGAGGGCUCAAUGGAAAAGUGCAGUUUAAGGUCGUGGGCUAUUAUGAUGCCUCUCUGCCAAGUGGACAACAAUUUGUCCUAAAUGAUGAAGAUAUUGUCUGGGCAGCAGAGACAAGAGAGCCAAGGUCUGUGUGCAGUGACAGCUGUCCUCCAGGAACCAGGAAAGCUGCACAGAAAGGAAGGCCUGUCUGCUGCUAUGACUGUAUACCAUGUGCAGAGGGAGAGUUCAGUAACCAGACAGAUUCAAAUAACUGUGAGCAGUGUCCAGGAGAAUAUUGGUCUAAUGCUGACAGAGAUAAAUGUAUGUUAAAGGUCAUAGAGUUUCUUUCAUUUACAGAAGUUAUGGGGAUAAUAUUGGUUCUUGUUUCUUUGCUUGGAGCUACAUUAACUGUGUUAGUAGCUAUUUUAUUUUUAAUAGAAAAAGACACUCCAAUUGUUAAAGCCAACAACUCAGAGCUGAGCUUCCUGCUGCUGUUUUCCCUGACUCUGUGUUUUCUCUGUUCACUAACUUUCAUUGGACGGCCAUCUGAGUGGUCCUGUAUGCUGCGUCACCCAGCGUUUGGGAUCACCUUUGUGCUCUGUAUCUCCUGUCUACUAGGGAAAACAAUAGUUGUAUUAAUGGCCUUCAGGGCUACACUUCCAGGCAGUAAUGUCAUGAAAUGGUUUGGGCCUCUACAGCAAAGGCUCACUGUUCUUGCUCUCACUUUCAUACAGGUUCUUAUUUGUGUACUUUGGUUAAAAGUUUCUCCUCCUUUCCCCUACAUGAACAUGAACUACUUCAAGGAAAAGAUCAUAUUAGAAUGUAAUUUGGGUUCAGCUAUAGGCUAUUGGGCCGUGCUGGGUUAUAUAGGAGUUCUUGCUUUCUUGUCCCUUGUUUUGUCUUUUCUAGCUAGAAAGCUGCCAGAUAAUUUUAAUGAAGCUAAAUUCAUCACAUUCAGCAUACUCAUAUUCUGUGCAGUGUGGAUCACAUUUAUUCCAGCUUAUGUCAGCUCUCCUGGAAAAUUUACUGUAGCUGUGGAAAUAUUUGCUAUUUUGGCCUCCAGUUUUGCUCUACUGUUCUGUAUAUUUACACCUAAAUGUUACAUUAUUCUGUUUAAACCUGAACUAAACACAAAGAAAAAUAUGAUGGGUAAAAUGGCAUCUAAAUCACUUUACUAA